AGCAAAAACCUAUAUCUUUGAUUUUGUUUUUCAGAUGACACAUAUAGAAAAUUUAGAUGAUCCGAGAAGCAAAGAUGACAAUAACCAACACAAAAAAAAUGGUAAUAAACAGCUGACUAAAGUAUGUACAGUAUGUGGAGGGGGAGCAGCAUCUCACCUACACUACGGAGCAGUCAGCUGUUACAGUUGCCGCGCAUUUUUCCGGCGUGGUAUUGGUCGAACCUACACGUGUAUUAACGAUGACAGUAAUUGUGAAAUUGAUUGUCAAACAAGAAGAAGCUGUCAGCUCUGUAGAUUUAACAAAUGUCUAAAGGUUGGGAUGAGUGUUGGAAAGAUCGAAGAAUCUCCAAGGAGUCGGACAAGACGAGCCAGCUCCUGUUCUAGCAAGGAUAGUGAUACUCCAACCCAACCUGAUAAAUCUUCAAAACCAAUUCUCAUCCAGGAACUUGAACCCCUGGAACAGCCAGGUAUUCUGCAUCAGGUGCUGAAGGGAAUAUCGUUUAAUGAUCCUAGAUCAAGUGUUUCAAUAACACAGAGAUGGAAUUGUACUUUUCAACACUCAGAAAAUUCUAAUGUAGCUACAACCUCAUACACAGAUCAAUCCUCUUCUGCAUCUGAUAGUUUUUUUAUUACAAUGGGAUGGGAUACAGGGAUAUCAUCAGCAAACUGGGAGACAGAAUCUAAUAUUACAACAUCAGUGGAUUCCAGCAGAAGCUGGAACUCAGGUUCAAGCUGGUCAACUAGAACAAGUACAGAGUCAAGCACAGGGUGGUCAACUAGAACCAGUAUUACAGAGUCAAGGAAAGGCUGGUCAGAUCCUUCCUUAAUACCCAGCCCUAGUCCAGGGUUUGAUGAUGUGACGUCAAUGUUUGGACUAGGUGUCACCCUGUCUACUGGAAAAGAUGAAAAGCCCUCUUCAUGUGGCUCUAGAAACCCCAUUUCUCCAGAUGAAGCUGAAGUAGAGUUUACCGAUAUAUUCUCUGUACCUGUUCAAGGUACAGCUGGUAAUAUUGAACCCUCUGAAUAUUCCACCAAUCCUACACAAGAUCACAACUCUACCAGUCUCACAUAUAUUACAAUAGAUGCUUAUGAUAUUACACCUAUUUUAAAUCAAGACGACAGUAUUGUUUAUAUUGGAUCAACUGCACAGACAGACAUAAACUCCUGCGAACAAAGAGACACAGAGCAGUCCAAACUCAAUAUCGAAGAUCUUGUGGAUGAAGUGUUUUCAAACCCAAACUGAAGAAUCAUGUUUACAAGGUUGGAUUGAAGAUUACAGAAAAACAAUUGUACAAAAUACUUGAGGAUUAAAUAAUUAUACUUUUAAAAAUAAAAAAAUCUUUAUAGUCUUACUUUAAACAUUUUCAUGAAUAAAAGUUAAUAUUAAAAGGAAU